AUGUUCCCCAGAUCGUGUUACAAGUGCGGAGAAACCGGCCACAUCGCCGACAACUGCCAACAGACCGAGCGUUUGUGCUACAACUGUCGUCAAGCCGGCCACGAGUCGUCUGCUUGCCCAGAACCAAAAACCACCAACUCUAAGCAAUGCUACUCUUGUGGAGACGUUGGCCACGUCCAAGGUGACUGUCCAAACUCUGCCCAAGGCUCCAAAUGUUACAACUGCUCCGAGUUCGGCCACAUUUCCCGUCAAUGUCCAAAGAACGAGGGUGCUUCCACCACCGCCGCUUCUACUGGCGCUGCUCCUCAAAGAAAGCCACGUUUCGGCGGUAACAACAAGAGUCCUUCGUGCUACAAGUGCGGUGGACCAAACCACUUUGCCAAGGAUUGCCAGGCUGGCUCCGUCAAGUGUUACUCUUGUGGUAAGAGUGGCCACAUCUCCAAGGACUGUAGUGUUCCAACUGAUAAGGUUGCCAAGGCUUGUUACAGCUGCGGUAAGACUGGCCACAUUUCCAAGGACUGUGUUCCUGUGGCUUAA